AUGAACAACAACAACAGUGUCAAUUUUCAUCCGUGAAAAACAACAUUAACAUUAUUAUGUAAGUUAAAGAAGUUUCGAAGAAAACGGACAAAAUGCCAGAAAAUCCAGAACUACAGACGUUUAAGCAAACGUUAAAAAUGCGGAGGAAUUAUGUUGGUAAAUCAUGUAAGCUGCAUUAUGAGGUCUCCCCACUGAAGAUUGUACGUGCCUCCAGACAGUACAUGUAUGAUGACUCGGGGAAUGAGUAUCUGGACUGCAUCAACAAUGUGUCGCAUGUCGGGCACUGCCAUCCACACGUGGUAACUGCGGGUCAGGAACAGAUGACAAAACUCAACACAUGCUACGGCUUUCUGUCCGAUUGCCAGGUGGCCUAUGCCAAGCGUAUCGUUGAGUUGCUGCCUGAGCAACUGUGCGUCUGCUACUUUCUAAACUCCGGUUCUGAAGCCAAUGAUCUAGCAAUCCGGUUGGCACGAGCAUAUACAAAACAAAAUGAUGUCAUCGUCAUUGACAAUGCCUAUCAUGGGAACACAGAGAACCUGAUCAGUAUUAGUCCAAAGAAAUUAAAGGAACACAAUCUACCCAUAGAAAACUGGGUCCAUGUGGUGCCCACACCUGAUGUUUACAGAGGGAAAUACAGAGAGGACAAUAUAAAUCCAGGUCAGCUGUAUGCUAAUGAGGUCAAACUUGCCAUCGCCAAGGCAAUGGCUAAUGGUCGGAAGAUUGCAGCGUUUAUCAGCGAGCCAAACCAGACCCAGGCCGGGAUGAUAUUCCCUCCUAAAAACUUUCUGCCCCUGGUGUACAGGUACGUGCGAGAGGCAGGUGGGCUGUGCAUAGCGGAUGAGAUACAGACAGGGCUGGGAAGAUGUGGGGAACACUACUGGGCCUUUCAGAGCCAUGAUGUGGUCCCAGAUAUCGUAACGCUGGGAAAGUCCUUGGGGAAUGGACACCCGAUAUCAAUUCUGGUCACAACCAAGGAGAUUUCAGACUCGCUUAAUGAGUUCAGCAGCUCGUAUGGCGGUAACCCUGUGGCCUGUGCAAUGGGCAUGGCAGUGCUGGACGUCAUUCAGAACGAGCACAUGCUGUCCAGCGCCAAGUCUGUAGGGAAGUGCCUUAUGGAUGAACUACGCAGAAUACUGCCUAACCACAGGCUAAUGGGAGAUGUGAGAGGCAUGGGAAUGAUGGUGGGAGUGGAGAUCGUUCAAGACAAGGAGAGUCGCAAGCCAAACAAAGACGCAGCCGAGGCCCUAGUUUACAAAAUGAAGGAGCGCAAGUUCAUGAUGGCUAACGAAGGCCCAGACAAGAACGUGAUCAUCUUCCAGCCGCCGAUGUGUUUUACGUGUGAGAACGCGCUGACGGUCGCCAAAGCACUGGACCAGGCCCUGGCAGAGGUUGAGGAGGACGACCUCAGGGUCAACUCAGGGUCAAACCUGAACAUCCAGGUGCCCCUGAGUGUGCUCACGAACGCUAAGCACAAGCUGGACAGCGACGAUGACGAAGAUGAUUUCGAGUCGCCGGGAAAACGGCAAAAGAUCAGCUAUGAAGAAGUGGAUUAGUUUUCGUUUCUAGGAUGAUAUUUGACUUGAGUGAAUCUUGCUAUAGGAAAACAGGAUAUAAUGCAUGUUAGUAAAGUGUCGUCAACUGCAUGGGCUUAUAAGGGACAACACUUGGUGCUCUAUUGGUAUUUUUGUGCAAAGGAAGUCUCUCCUUAGGGAAAACUCAGUUGAGGUGGAAAGUGUUGUCACUGAUCAGCUUUGCAGACUGCCAAAUUUAAUCUGGACCAACACUUUAUGCACAUGCAUUAUGUUGUUUUUUUUCCCAGAGCAGGACUCAAUUGAUUGUGAACCUUUUUAUAAAAUGAAUUAUGUUAUCAUAUUUAAAAUGAAAGUUUACUUGACUCUUAUUCGUAACGAAAAUGAAUGUGCAGUAUUUAGUUUGAGAAUAAAUUCAUGAUUAUAUUAAUAAGGGUGAACAACUUUAUUUAUAAAAAAAUUGUGAUUACAUUUAUCUACGGGUCUACUGCUUUUAGUGUUUUGUUUAAAUUGCUAGACAGUGGCAUAAAAACAAGGCAAGACUGAUUAUUUUUAAAUUGUAAAGUUUAAUUUUAGCUAACAUUCCUUUAGUUUACUUUUUAAUUACACAUUCGGUUGCUAUUUCUUGAUAUAUUUCAUAUACAAAAUCCCAAAAUACCAAAGGCUUUUUAGGCAGUAUUAUGAAACUAUGAUAUCAUUAUGUCAAAGCAAUUAUUUGAUCAUGCUUUCAAAGUGAUUUUUAUGCCCCUAAAAGUGGGAGAGAAAGCAUGGCACUUGUCCGUACAUCCAGUACUGAGUGUUUUCAACUCUUCUAAAAAUUUUGGGUGGGUCUCACUGAAACUUUCACAGUUGAAUGACUUUAAUGUGUAGAUUUUUGUUUAGAAAGGAAAUUUUUGCUCCAACCACUUUAGGCUGAUUUAUUGCCCUUUGUAUGAUAGUCCACAAGAAUGUAAAGUGGAUUUGUGUUUGUCCAAAUGUGUGUUGUAGGGUACAUCUGUGUUUUUGACACAUUUUUAGUUUAUUCAAAGUUUAUAAGGUUAGCUGCUUGAUAAAAGUUACAUAAUUUAAAUUCACAGAUGCAUUUAAUCGACAAGUUUAUACAUAUCAUUUAAUCAUGGUAAAAUGAGGGGUUUGGUAAAUUUAGUGUGAAGCUAAAAAGCCUAUAAGCUCUAGAUUUUGCAUUAAAUUUCAAAUCCCAUUUUGUUGAAUAUAUAUAUAAAUUGUCAUGUUUGUUCUUAAACUUUCCUAGUGUGAAGUUAUAUGCUGUAAUGAUUUGUGAAAUGUUCAGUAGUUAUAGCGUGCAAUAGUGGGUAUCAUCGCUUACUUUUUUCUGUGCGAAAAUAGUUUUUAUAAUUAAUGAUUACAUUUUAGAUAAUAAAAAAAAUGUGUAAGUAUUUUCAUAUUUUAUUAACUGAUCUAUUUUUUAUAUUAUGAAAAAAGUCAUAUAUAUGUAUAAUCAUGGUUCCUUUGUAUAAAAGAAUGUCAUUUAUAUUUUUAAAAUUGUAUAUUUUGUGAUGUCUUAACUUCUUGUAAUUACAAUUGACUUUUAAAAUAUAAUGGGCAUAUGUUAUAAUUAUUUAAAAUUUUAUUUCACAAGUUAAUAAUAUAUUUGCCAAAAAAAUGUGUAGUCAGUGGAUGAAAUCACAAUAUGUGUUGACAGUGAUAUAACAUUAGUACUUUGUGUCUUGUUCUGAGAAAAUUGGGCUUAAUGCAUGUGCGCAAAGUGUCAUCCUAGAUUAGCCUGUGCAGUCUGCACAGGCUAAUCUGGGACGACAAUUUCCGCGUAUACUAGAUUUUUGGUUAAAAGGGACUUCCUUUAAACGAAAAAUACCAUUGAAGCAGAAAGUGUCGUCCCUGAUUAGCCUGUGCGGACUGCACAUGCUAAUCUGGGACGACACUUUACGCACAUGCAUUAUGCCCAGUUUUCUCAGAACAAGACACCUUUGAUAAAAGCAUAAGUUGUUUUUCUGUAGCUCAUGUUGUAUUAUCAUCAUGGUCUCUAUUGAAGAUGGCUGUGAAUGUCAACAGAGUAUGUUUGUGUGCAGAUGUUCCUGUAGACCAUUGUUAGUUUCUGUUCUCUAACUCCCUCAGUUUUUGCCUUUUUGUUAUAAUUAUUGAGAACUAUUCCAAAUACACUGUAUAUAAGUGGUGUUAAUAAAUGACAUUUUUCUUAAGUAUAAAAAUCUGCAUCCAAAUGUUUUCAUCCAGUUUGUAACAAAGUUUCUGAAAUUGUUUGUAACAUUAAAUUUACUCAAAUUAACAUGUUGGCAAAUUUCAAUUAACAGCCAAAUGGACUCAAGAGUUAAAGCCCUUGAAUUAUAUUAGUUAAGCCAUUUCAGCCAUAUAUGCUCUAUCUAUCAGACAGAUUUUCUCCAAAAUUCACGAAACUGUUUGAGGUUAAUAUAACAUUAUCGAAUUUGUUGAUUGAUUUAACUUUCCAAGUAGCUGCAGAGUUGUGGACCUUUUUUAUCUGGAAAAGCAUUAUCCCCCAUUUGUUUAAUAAUUCAUAAUUUAAGUCUACUCUUUUUUAACCUCAUUGGUGAUUUACUUUUCUAUUAACUUGCAAGCUCUUGUUCAUGUGUUGAUUUUAGGAGAAUGAUCUGACUGUAGUAUUUGUAAUGAAAUUAGUUAUUUAUUGUUUUCUGAAGUGAAAAAAAUGUCUUCUGUUAUACGUUCUAAAAUUUAAUAUUUAGCAAUUAUUUUGCUUCAUCAAUACUUCCUUAUAUUUUGUUUUAAUGUUCUGAAACUUCAAACUUGUGUUCUCAUAUUUUGUCCUACCCAAUUGAUUCAUGUCUUUACAGGUCCCUUUUAGGUUUUGAACAAAAGCUUCAAUUUAAGCAUCAGUACAAACUGAAUGCAAAACUUUUACUUCCUAAAUCCAGUCAUGGCCAGUAUAUCUAACAGAGCCACGUCAUUCCAAAAUGUGUCUAUGGCAUAUGCUGCAAGUGAGAUCCUGACGGGCCUGCACAUUCCUGCAGUCCGGUCAGGAGCUCCAGAGUCCCCUAUGAAGUUACGCAAGCUUUUAACCCUUUAUCACUUUAUGUUUUUUGACCCAUUUGUGGUCCCUAAGAAAGUUAAAUUUAAUUAAAGACCUUUCUUACUAGAUUUAAGUUUUAAAGGCUUUAUUUCCAACCCUUAGAUACUGAUGAGCAGCAAACAGCAUAAAACCUGAACAGACUGUUCUGGUUUUAUGCUGGUUGCAAAAGCCAUUUUAUACUACGCUUCUUAUGGGGGGAAAGGUUUAAUGUCACAUAUUUCCUGACCAGACGGCAUGGAUGGGCAGACUGGGCUGGAGCUAGUCAGGUCACAUAUAGCAGUAGACCCAUUUUCGCAUGAUGUGGGUCAAUACAUGAGUAUAUGUACAUAAGGCAUUUGUAAAUAGCUUUUGUUUGUUGCUGUAUUUAUUGUCAAAAUUUACCUUAUCCAACUUGUUUUUAUUCUAUCAUCAUCGAACUUGGUCAUAUUGUAAGUGGGCAUAAAAUCAGGGAGAAUUACCGAAAAUUGAGGGAUUUUUCUGAAUUUGAAGCAACUAGGAUCAUUUUUUAUAUCAGUGAAAAUUCAAGGCCACAUUUUCUGUUCAUUUUUACCUCAAAUAGAUAUAUCCAUCAAAGCUAAACGUAACUCUGACCAAUUAAUGGGUGUAUUUUGUGACAAAUUGACAUUCAUGUUUGAAAUUUAGGUAAGGCAAAUCCAAUAAACAUCAGAUCAAUUGUUUGUUGCCUUAGAAACUUGUUUAAUUAUGGAAUGAAAUGAAAAUUUUAUAUGUAUUAUAUAAUCCUUUAGCUGUUAUACGGUUGCUGCCAAUUAUGAUGGUAAAGUAUAUGACUGCUUUCAAACAAAUGUUUUAUUUCAAAGAUUAUUUAUACUGCCAUAAAGUUGGAUUGGUUCAGCAUUGCACUUAUCCGCCCUUCCUUUUUGUAUGCACGUCCCAAAGCUUGUAUUUUGAACUCCUCUUUAACCACUCGGUAUCUCGCUCAAAUGUUCACAGUUGAAAGACUUUAAUGUGUAUAUGCUGGGAAGGAAAGGAUUUUUUUACUGUGAACAGUUAACCCGUUACCACUUAGAUACGUAUUUUCAAGCAUUUGUAGUCCCUUAGAAAGUUAUAUUUAAUUAAAGGCCUCUCUUACUAAAUUAAAGUUUUAAAGGCUUCAUUACCAACCCUUAGAUACUGAUGAGCAGUAAACAGCAUAAAACUUGAACAGACUGCGAGUUACUCGCAGGUUGUUCUGUUUUUUUUGCUGUUUGCACAUAGCCAUUUAGCUUCUUAGCGGGAAAGGAUUAAAAGUGGAUUCGUCUGUGUACAAAUGUGUUGUGGGGGCAUCAGUGUCCUUGAAAAAUUUCUAGUUUCAGCUAUGUAUGUCAUGUAAAUGCUCAAAAUUUAUGAAAUGUAUCGAUGUAUGAAAUGUGAUUGUUACCCAUUUUUGUGAUGAUUAUGUUGUCAGAGAAAUAAAUAAAGUGAUAUAUGUUUUCGUCAAAACAAA